UACUUGUCACUUGUCUGAAAUUGCUCCGGGAAAUUGAGUUCAAUUUCAAAUUUAAUUAUUUGCGUAUUAUUAAAAAGGUCCCGUAUUGUGUAAUUUACGUGUAUUGAAAUUCUCAAAUAUUCUUUUCCCAUGCUAGCAAUUAUCAUUGGAAACGCGUGGUGCGAUUUUCUGACUAUGACUUAAAUAACUAAAUAAUAUUUUGUAAUUAUACAAAACAUCGCAAUGGUUUUCGAAUCUAUUGUAGUGGAUGUUUUAAACCGGUUCCUUGGGGACUACGUUGAAAAUCUAAAUAGAUCACAGUUAAAAUUAGGAAUAUGGGGUGGCGACGUUGUAUUGGAAAAUUUGAUACUUAAACAAAAUGCUCUUGAAGAACUCAAUAUUCCAGUACAAACAGUAUAUGGUCACUUAGGAAAGUUAGUGCUCAAGAUACCAUGGAAAAAUUUAUAUGGCGCUUCAGUAGAAGCAACAAUAGAAAGACUCUUUCUCAUUGUUAAUCCUAGUGCUGAAGUAAAAUAUGAUGCGGAAAAAGAAGAAAAAAUGGCUCUACAAGCCAAACAAGCAGAGCUUGCAAGGGUUGAGGAGGCCAAAAAGAGAGAAGCUGAAAAAGAUGAAAUUAAAUUGGAUGAAACAUUUGUUGAGAAAUUGGUGACUCAAAUAAUAAAAAAUGUCCAACUCAAAAUUACUGACAUUCAUAUUCGUUACGAAGAUAGUAUAACUAAUCCUAAAGCACCUUUUUCCUUUGGUAUAACACUCCACAAUUUAUCUGUGCACACAACUGAUGAAAACUGGAAACAGACUGUAAUACAAGAGGCUGUCACUAAAAUCUUUAAAAUUUUGAGCUUGGAAGGAUUAGCUAUUUAUUGGAAUCCAGCAACAGAACUGUAUUCUAAAACCAGCCCAGAUGAGAUUAAGAACCGUUUACAAAAAGAAAUUGCAACUAAAGUAGUUCAGCCUGAAAAUUAUAAUUAUGCACUCGGUCCUAUAAAUGCGACGGCAAAAUUAAAACUCAAUCCGAAGCCUGAAGGAGAUACGCCUAAAUUUAGUAUUCCUAAAGUAAUCCUUAGUUUACAUAUGGAACAGCUUGCUGUUAAUCUUAAUAAAGCACAGUACCAAGAUAUGAUGCUGUUAGCAGACUCCAUGGAUCGGAUGAGCAAAGGAGCACCAUACAGAAAAUAUCGCCCCGACGCAAAAACUUACAAAGGUCACUAUAAAGAAUGGUGGCAUUUUGCAUACAAGUGCAUUUUGGAAGAAGAAGUAAAGAGACGUCGUAGGAAUUGGGAUUGGAACCACAUGUUGUCCCACCGACAGCUUUGUAAAGACUAUGCUAAUGCUUACCAGUGCAAGCUCACUAGUAAGGGAAAAGUGGCAAAUGAGUACCAAUGUGUGUUGGAUAAAGCUGAGAAAUCAUUGGAUCUAUUCAAUUUGGUUGUAAUCAGGCAACAGAUUGAGUUAGAGGUGGAAAGAUUAGGCAAAUUGGAAGCAGAAGCAAAAAAAUCUCGCGGUUGGUUCAGUGGCUGGUGGUCCGGAGCGAGUUCUAAGGAUGAGGAAUUAUCAGAAGGAGUUGCUAUCAUGAAGCAAUUCGAGAAGGCGAUGACGGGCGAGGAGAAGGAGAAACUAUUCCGCGCGAUCGACUACCAGGAGAACACGGCUCCGUUGCACUUGCCCAUCGAAUACGUGGCUGUGGAGGGCAGCUUCUGCUUGGACCGGCUGCAGCUGGCCGUGCGGCACGACGUGGAGGUGCUGCGCGCGUGUGUGGAGCACGUGGAGGUGGACCUGCAGCAGCGACCCAGUGCCAAUGCUCUCAGAGUUGAUGUUCAAAUGAAAGAAUUUACUGUAACUGGUGUACGUCAAGACGAAUUUGAACCGAAAUUGGUCACUUCAAAAGAAGUUUCUAAAGAUGUUAAUCUUUUGAAUGUUCUGUUUGAAACUAACCCACUAGAUGGCACUUGUGAUCAGCGCGUAAAAGUGCAAGCGCGCCCGUUGCAAAUGAUAUACGACGCACAAACUGUCAUAGAAAUAGUCAAUGUGUUCAAACCACCCACCGAAUCUACUGCUUUAACAACAUUGCAAGCAGCUGCUGAGAAUAAAUUGUCUGAUUUGAAAGAGAAGUCGGCUCUGGGUAUGCAGUAUGCUGUCCACCAUCACACGUUUAUAGAUUUGGACAUAGAUAUCGCCUCUUCCUACAUCAUUGUUCCUCAGUCUGGAAAAUACAAAGGAACGGAAUCGUGCGUGGUGAUCAAGCUGGGUGCGAUCAGCGUGAAGUCGGAGCCGCGCUCGCAGCAGCUGGACGUGCGGCAGCUGCACCGGCAGGGGCUCGCGGACGACGCGCUGCUGCUCGAGAUCGCACGACACAGCUACGACAAGAUGGCGCUCAGGCUCACGCAGAUGCAGAUUGUAAUUGCAGCACCCAAUGAAGAUUGGCAUUCUGCGAUUGUUUCGAAUAUUUCCACACCGUUGCACUUAUUGCAACCCACCAAUUUAGUAAUACAAAUAGACAAAUGCCUCAUAACUGAUGAUCCUAGAAUGCCAAAGAUUAAAAUACGUGGAGAGUUGCAGAAAAUUGCUGUAAGCGUUUCAGAAGAUAGGUUACUAACAUUGUGUGAAAUUUUGGUGAGCAUGCCAUUACCACGUUCUGAAGAAACAACUCAACUGAAGGCAAGUGACUCGAAAGCAUCGAGCCUUUCACUGUUAAGGUAUUUGGACCCUGCCGAGAAAUUAAGGAGAGAUACAGCGCGGUCUAAGCAACGAAAGAAUGAGGAGCAAACUGUACAACUCACUGAGCUUGAGGCAUUCUUCAUAAUGAAUGAAUUAACUCUAAGCGUGAACCGUAAAACGAUGGAUCCGUCUCAAGGUUACGACAAAUUCUUAGUGUUUUCGCUAAACCUUCUGGAACUAAAAGCAACGCAGAAGACAUUCACAUUAGAAGCCACGGUUCGUCUGGGAUCUGUUAACAUGCAACACCAUAGAGUUGGACACAGCACUAUUAACAUGAUAGAGACACCUCUCGUAAAUGAAGAUCAGACUAAGCUUGAAGACCAAUACUUAUUUGCUGUCACUUAUAGUAAUGUUGACAAGAAAUGUCCAGAAUUUAGAAGCCAUUACGGUUCUGUGGAACAAUUAAUCGAGUUGGACUUUACUACCCUUACCUUAUUGCUUCAUCUGCAAGGAUUGCAGGAAAUUUUAGUCAUUGUCAAUAACUAUCAGACACGUCUCAACGCCAUACAAAGUUCCGUGGAUAGAUAUGCUAAUGCUGGCCCUCUCGAAACUAUAAUGGAAGAUGAGGAAUUUUCUCUGACUAAAUCAAAAGAUUUACAAGCGAGUGCAUCAAGACCGUCUCACCGGAAGCAAGUGGAGAGCAUACAACUGAAAGUGAACGUUAAGAUCGGGGCAGUAGAGAUCCAAUUCGCGACAGAUGUGCGGCCACUGUCCAUAGUGAAGCUACAGGGAGCCACUGCGGGCUUGGUGCUCAAACCGUCCUAUACCCAAGUGGACUGUGCUAUUGCUAACAUUAAAGUGGAGGAUUUGAACCCUAGUACUGUUCAUAAAGAGAUUUUGAAAGUUCUAGGCGGUGACGUAAUGAAUGUACAAAUAGUGAUGUACAACUUGGAACAGUUCCCGACCGUGAGCGACGUCAACAUGUCUAUAGAUGCUCAGAUCAAUUGUUUGAGAAUCGUCUUCCUUAACUGGUUCGUCACUUCUAUGCUGGAAUUCCUAAACAACUUCCAAGCGGCGCAAGAGGCGAUCAUAGAAGCGUCGUCCCAAGCGGCGGAGGCUGCGCGUGCCAACGUGCACACCGCGUAUCAGAACUCGACCAAACUCCUACUACGAGUUCGUUUAGCUGCUCCAAUCAUUGUGGUGCCGGAGAACUCGGUCAGCAUGAACGCGAUGCUACUCGACUUUGGACGGAUGACGAUCAACAAUAAGUUCGUCGAUCUGCCUGUUGCGGACGUGAGCAGCAAAGUGACAGUGGACGAGCUAACCCUCGAGCUGGAGGAGCUGAAGGUGUCGUGCUGUGUGCUGGGCGAGUCGAGUAUAGCGCAUGAGCGCAAGCUGCUCCGCCCGACCAGUUUCAAGCUGUUGGUGAAGAGAAGCCUGUCUGCUUGGUACGAGCCGCUGCCCGACUUAGAUGUGUCUGGACGGAUGAACACUAUCGCGAUCACAGUUGGUCACAGUGACUACAAAAGUAUCAUGAAAAUACUCAACCAAAACCUUCAAGAAGGACAAAUUAAAGCUGAAGAAGUGAAACCACAGCAAAAUGUACCGAGAGUGACUUCUAAGCCUACCGUUAAAAGCCAAACAAGCAAAGUGACCACGAAAUCAACUACGGCGGUUGUGAUACAAAAGGAAACUAAGAAACCUCGCACAACUAUAAAGUUCUCGUUCACUAUGGACAGUUUUGUUAUUGAUCUCAUGAACACGAUUAGUGCGGAAGAAUCCCAGUUCGUAAAGGACGUGGAACUAGCUCGGUUCUGUAUGGCGCUGCUAUCAGUUAAAGGCCGCAUGUUCUCAGACAGCUCGCUGCAUACCUCCGUGCUGCUGGUCGACUGUACGCUUGACGACACGAGACCAGCUCGGGGCGCUAAGAUCACCAGGUAUUUGGAACGACGCCGUGAGAAACAAGAAAUAAAAGAUGAAAGUGAUGUUUCGGAAAAUAUAAUGGAGGCCCACGAUAAGAUACGAAGCAUGAUUGACAUAACAUACACAAUGAAAAAUUCUGAUACUUUCAUUGACAUGAGAAUAUUCAGUUUUAACUUGAUUUUGGCAAUGGAUUUCCUAAAUAAAAUAGCAGAAUUCAUGACGACCGGCCUAGCCGAUGACGGUGCUACAACGAAAUCAAAAGAAGACGUAAAAGUCAUUAAGUCGAGUGAGAAAGCGGACUCUCAGACGAAAAAGAAAGUAUCCGUGGCAUCGCAACCGUCCGCUUUGGAUCAACCCGAACGACCAUCAAUGAUGACAGUUAAUAUUAAAAUCGAACAGCCAGACAUUAUACUCGUCGAGUCUUUGGAGCAGAAGAAAUGUGAUGCUCUCGUUUUGAAUAUGGAGGCUCGCUUCAAGCUGCGCCGCAGCGAGAGCCAGCUGGUAGCGGACGGCGGCAUCUCCGGGCUGCAGAUGGUGGUGCGCACGCUGGGCGCUGCGGCGCGGGCCGGCCCCCCGCGGUACCUGCUCGCGCCUGCGCACCUGUCGCUUGCGCUCGCGCAGCCGCCCGACAGCGGCAUGCAUGUGGAUGUGGCGCUCACGGAUAUCAAGAUUACUGUGUCGCCGGAUAUAAUAGCGCUACUCAACCGCGUCCUGGCCACAAUGACAAGCAGAGAGGAAGAUAAUGUGGAGCAAGAGAAUAAACCGAUCUUUUACAAUAAGCUAUGGGACAUACAGCCAUUUAAAGCUUCGUCAUAUUGGUUCCUGAAAACUGAGGUGGCAGAAGAAGCGAUACUUCUUGAAGAAUCAUCAAUGGAGUUAGUCCCCAAGCCACCAGUUGGUGAAAUUUGCAUGCUCUCCAGUCCAUCUAUUGUGCUCGCUUUGGAAAUGGAUAUCGGUAAUGAAACCAUACCAGUGCUGGUCAUGCAGGCCUCACUUAGUGGACAAGUUAAGGACUGGAGCUCAGAGUUCUACAUGGAAUGUAUAUGGGCAAUGCAAGUGUCAUACUAUAACAUUGGUCGCGCCAUGUGGGAGCCGCUGUUGGAGCCUGUGGAAGUUUUGAAGGAUUAUCAGUAUCGUCACAUACCUUGGGAACUUAAAAUGGAGAUAGUAAUGCGUCCCGAAGAGACGCAAUCAGCGAUCGACACAACCGACGAAGCGGCCAACAUACAAGCUGUUGCGAUGCGUCAACCAAACACGACGAUCACGUUGUCUAGCAGUGAGCCGCUUGAGAUCACUAUCACUAGUAGUGGGAUGGAGGUCCUAACAUUACUUGGAAAUUCAUUUGCAACUGCAAUAGCUGAAAACGCUGAUUCAACUAUGGUGGCAAAGGCGAAAGUGGAAGAUAGUCCGACCAAACAAUACUUGGGAGCUCCAUACGUUUUGCACAACUGUACCGGUUUGACAAUCAAACUAAUAUUGCACAAUAAUCACGACUUUGCUGUCUUUCUCACGGAAGAGUAUACAGCUUCUGAUUAUAGAGAAGUUGUGUUGGAGCCAGGCGCAUGUGUGCCGCUGCAGUUGAAGCAAGGCGGUAUCAACGUUAUGAAGCUCAACGAGCCGCCGCCGCAACUCAAGCUUAAUAUUAAGUUAGUGGAGUUGGACGAAGAACUCCAAUUGCCAGUGGAACGUGCAGACAAGCGCUACUUCACCCUGGGACGGCGUGGUUCGGGCGAACCUCGCGCCCGCAACGUGACGCACGCCGCCGCUAUGGAGCCGCGCGGACUCAUAUCCGAUGUCGUCAUGCAAGAUGCUGCGCUGCAUAUCUAUCUGCGCAGCGUGGUUCAGGUGACGAACACGCUAGCGGUUGGUGUGUGCGUGUACUACAUGACGCUGAGCGGCAACGAGGUGCGGCUGCUGGGCGAGGUGAAGGCGGGCGGCACGCUGCGUCUGCCGCUGCAGGCCGUGCACACGCCCACCGCUGAGAUAUUCUUCUCCGUUGAAGGUUUUACUGUGUCCGUAUCGCCGUUUAUCUGGCGAGAGCUGCAACAAGAACCGAAAAUAUCUAAAUUAUUACAAUGUGACUCAAAAGAUAAAAACAGUGGAGAAAAGUUCUAUUUGAGGGCUGUUGGAACAAUGGAACAAGUAUUCUACGAGCACUCCAACCGGCAUACAUUCGCGUCAUCGUGCUACGACAUCGUGCUAAAGCCGGCGGUCAAGAUGCAGAAUUGUCUGCCCGUGGACAUUGUUGUGUCUCAACUUGGCUUGAAACGCACGCAGUUGUUCAAACCGGGCGAGAUGUUCCAUUUGUCGCAUUUGGCACCGAAUAGGGCUUCUAUUGUUGUUAUGAUCCAAAACUACCUGGACAAAUGCUGGGUGUGCACUAAAAACCUACCCGAAGAGGACGCAGAGCUGUCAGUGUGGACGUUCGAGUCGCACGACAGCCCCGCGGUGAUGCUGCUGGAGCUGGGCCUGCACAGCGCCGACCUGGAGGGCACGCAGCUGCUGUCGCUCUACUGCCCCUUCUGGAUGCUCAACAAGACCGGCUUCACCCUGUGCUACCGGAAAUCAAAGAAACCAGAAAAAGAUUCCAGCACCCCCAAUAAGAACGUCGAUGAGACCGGCAAUGUAAUCUUCCACCCGAAAGAUUAUAAGGAGCCGAUUAUGUUCUCUUUCCGCGCCAAAAAUUUCUUUGGUAAAAAGAAGGCUGCGAUUCGCAUCGAGUUCGGCGAAUGGUCCGAUAAAUUCUCUUUGGACGUGCCUGGAAGCUCCGGUGUUGUCAUCUGUAAGAAUGAGGGUCGGACUUAUCAGGUUGCAGUUACGAAUCAGUUGACUUUCAACAGUUUGACAAAGAUGGUUAUCUUCACGCCAUUCUUCCUUAUCAUCAACGAGUGUCCAUUCGCCAUUCAGUACCAAGAAUUUCACCGCUCUGCAGAUCCCUGGAAAGAGGUGGAACAAAACUCGAGCUCACCUUUAUGGCCAGCUGUUGAAAAAGAAGACAAACUUUUGCUAUUACGUGUUUCUGGAUCAAAGGAACAUGCUGCGCCGUUCUUGUAUACGGAGCAACAUUGCGUCUGCUUAAAGUUGAAUAACGAGUACGGCGGUCUGCACGUAGAAGUACAACUAAGCGAAGGUGGCACAUACAUAACGGUGCGCCAGUACCGCGACGGGCACGCGCCCGCGCUGCUCGUCAACUGCACCGACCACACGCUCACCGUGUACGAGAAGGAGAACGUUAAUGUCAGAAAAAUACCUUCGAUGAAUAGGAUGUUGUACACCUGGGAUAACCCUGCGGGUCCAAGAACACUUAUUUUUGAGGGGUAUAAAAAGAAAGAAAUUGAGAAUGAUUUGAGAAAAGACGGAAUUGGAGACUUCAUGAUAUCCGAAACCGAGCGACUAUGGUGGGUAUCGUUCCUGGACGGGCUGCAGCGCGUGGUUCUCGUAACGAGUGACGCGUUGCUCGCUAGCGGCGCGCACACAGUGGGGGAGGCGGAGCCUGUGCGCACCGAGUUCGUGUUAGCGAUACACGGCCUUGGCUUGUCGCUCGUUAACGAUCACGAUCUGACGGAGAUACUGUAUAUGAGUAUAUCCAAUUCUGGUAUUAUAUGGGAACAAUGCAAGAUGGGUUCACGACGGUACAAGAAGAUUGAAGGCCAGAAACUUGUACAAUAUGAAGAAGCAUACCAAAAGUAUCUAACUGCAAAAAUGGUUAGCGAUACUGAAGUUUCUCCUCGAGUGCUUAUUGAUGAAAAGAUUGAGGUGGACUUCGCCGAAAUGCGUAUACUAAAGCCAUCAAGCCGUAUUCUCCGUCGCACGCAACAGCCGGGUCUAUGGGCGAGUCUCGGCAUGACGGCGCAUUCACGGCGUUUGCACGCACGUCUGCACCGCCUGCAAAUUGACCAGCAACUGCCCCUACCAACGUUCCCCGUGGUAUUGGCCCCCGUGCCACCACCCCGGUCGGUGGCUAAUGAGGAUCCUAGUGGCAUGAAGCCAUUCAUCGAAGUGUCUAUAGUGGAGCGUAUAAUGGAGCACAGCAAGGUGCGACAGUACAAGUACUACAAGAUGCUGAUCCAAGAGUUCCACGUGAAGGUCGAUAUGGGACUUAUAAAUGCACUCAUGGGCAUGUUCCCGCAGCGAUCUCUCACGGAACAAGAGGCUCUGGAAGCAUUCCAAGCCGAUUUAGAAAAGGCAGGUCAGCCUCUUGAGGAUUUGGCUGCCUUAGGUGCUGCUUCUGAUUUGAAAAACUUCUACGACAAUCUACAUUUAUCACCGCUGAAAGUGCACGUAUCGUUCUCUCUGGGCGGCGCCAGCCAGCUGCCGACAUUCGUGGGCACCGUGCUGCAGAGCAUCGGCGUCACGCUCACCGACAUGAACGAUGUUGUAUUCAAGUUAUCAUAUUAUGAAAGAAAUUACGAGUUCCUGUCUCAAAAGGAACUGAUCAGCCAAGUUCAGAGUCACUACACGGGACAAGCUCUGAAACAGUUGUACGUGUUGGUGCUCGGACUUGACGUCAUCGGCAAUCCAUAUGGACUUGUUAUUGGUUUGAAGAAGGGCGUCGAAGAUUUGUUCUAUGAACCGUUCCAGGGCGCGAUCCAAGGCCCCGGUGAGUUCGCGGAGGGGCUGAUGUUGGGUGUGCGCUCGCUGGUCGGGCACACGGUGGGCGGGGCCGCCGGGGCCGUGUCGCGUAUCACUGGCGCCAUGGGACAUGGACUCGCCGCGCUUUCCUUGGAUAAGGAAUACCAACGACGUCGUCGAGAUAACAUUAACAAGCCUCCUGCUAAUUUACAAGAAGGAUUAGCCAGGAGUGGCAAAGGACUUGUUAUGGGCGUGGUGGACGGCGUGACGGGCGUGUUCACGAAGCCGUUCGAGGGCGCGCGCGAGCAGGGCGUGGAGGGGUUCUUCCGCGGGCUCGGCGUCGGCGCCGUCGGCCUCGUGGCCAGACCCACCGCCGGCGUGGUCGACUUCGCGUCCGGAUCCUUUGAUGCCGUCAAGAGGGCAGCAGAUAUGUCGGAAGAAGUGACGAAGCGUCGAGCGGCUCGCUACUUACCGCCCGAUGCGGGCGUCAGGCCGUAUUCGAGAUCGCACGCAGAAGGAUACAAGUUACUAUCUGAACUUGAAAAGGGUAAAUUCGUGAGCACGGACACGUACGAAGCGCACGUGUGGGUGAUCCCCGCUAAGGAGGUGGUGAUGUGCACGGACAAGCGGCUGCUGUAUCUCGAGAAGAAUAAUGUUUUUGGUGGCUGGCAGAUCGUAUGGACAUACCUCUGGACGGAAAUCCCAGAAGUGCCAACCGCUGUGAACAAAGGCGUAUACAUUCCCACAGCCAAGAGGAAGGUGCUCGGAAUGUUCCCGAGCUCUGGCUCAGGAAAAGUGAUAUUCCUAUACGAUGAGCAGCAGAAGAAGUAUUUACUAGCGCAGUGCCAGCGCCUCAUGGCCGCCCGUUGACAUGAGGAAGUAGAAAGAAUAACGCCCACGGAAUGGUUGGCGCAAUUCUUUCUACUUGUAUUCGACACUCGCACCGCGCUGCUUUCUCUCGCUUACCACUUUAACGUGCACCACUUGACGCAAAGGGGCUUUCGCUGAAUCUUUAUUAUUACUCUUUAUUAUAGUAUCCCCUUUUUCUCUUGGAGAUGAAACCGAUAUCUAUCGACCUUAACUUUGCUCUUCUAGUUGAUAUAAUUUUUCUAUUUACAUGUUUUUAAGUCAAUAGACUAGACUUUUUUGUUAUUGUUGUAUAUAUACAUGGAAGUAUUCAUCUACUUAUUAUCUGAUUGUAAUGACAAUGAAAUGACGUGACAUUAGGUUAUGUUAAUUUAUGUACAAUGCGCAAAUCUCCAUUUUUGUUUAUACUGUGGGUAGAUUGAAAAUUUAUUGUAUUAAACAUGGUACUUAAACAGAAUAAGUUUGUCGACUUUUGAAUACAAUGGAUUCUCCGAUUUGCAUUUAUAAUAGCUUUCUUUUAUAAUGUAGUCUUCCGCGUUUAAUCCUAUGUAAGUGUUUGAUAUUUGCGUAUGGUGGUUUAAUCAGCAUAAAAUACUUUUUUAUAAACAUUUUUAUCAUUAUGGCGUUAUUCGCUUUACAAUUUUGCCAAAAAAUAUUGGCAAGAUACAAGCCUAUAAACACUUUAAUAUUGAUUCAUUUUUGAAAUGUUAUGUGCUAAACAGACCAAGGUCUGACUCGUAUAGAUGUCAUAAAUACGUUGCAAUUUAAUUUUCAUUCACCUACGAAGUACAAAUGUUAUACCAACGACUUGCAUAUUUUAUAUUUGUUUGCGAGCUUGGCCAGAACUGUAAUGUUAAGUUUAGAAUGGUUUACGAUGAAAUUGUUGCAGUUUAAAACGUACUGGUCAAGUUGUAUUGUUGUUCCCUUGGAUGUAGCAGGAUACCAGUGCCUUAAUGGAUUAUAUUGUUUAAGAAAAAGAAAAUAUUUAAUGACUUGUGUUGAUUUUAUGUACUCGUUACAAUUCUCUUCGAUUGUGUUGUUGAGAUGUAUAUCGAAAUUGCCUGUUUUUCUUAAGCCCUAUAAUUAUUCCUAUAGCGAUUUAUACUACUUUGUAAUACAUAUAUUUUGUAAGCGUUUUACGUUGCUGUAUUAAAUUCUUUCGAAAACUUUGUAUUUACUCGUUACGCACGUUACUAAUGUUGUAUUUGUUUUGUGGAUUCUUUAAAUGUUUGAAUAAAUGUAUUUGUAACU